GGAGUCACUUCCGAAGAGAGAGAACCGCCAUGAAGAUAGAAGGGGGUGCCGCCCAACUCUGCUCCGACAGCCUCCCCGAGUCCCAGCAGCAAGACGGCAACCACGCACCCAACUUCUCCAGCCACAGCUCAUGCCGCCGUCGCCAGCGGCGCCGACAUGACAAGGCGCUGCAUGCCCGCUAGGCCAGGUUUCCCCUCAUCCCCAGCCCCGGGGUCGUCGCCCCCGCGCUGCCAUCUGAGACCCGGUAGUACCGCCCCUGCUGCAGCGGGAAAGAGAACAAAGAGUCCUGGGGACAGGAAGCAGUCAAUUAUAGAUUUCUUCAAACCAGCUCCAAAACAAGACAGACAUAUGUUGGAUUCUCCACAAAAAUCAGACAUCAAAUAUGGAGGAAGUGGAUUGUCCAUCACUGGGACAGAGCAGUUUGAAAGGAAACUACCCUCACCAAAAAAAUCUAAACCCAAAAGGGUGCCAUCAGAAAAGAGCACUAUUUUAGAGGCUUUCAUGAAAGGUGUAAAAGAGCACCAUAAAGAUCGUGGUAUGCAUGAGUCCCGUCGGCCUUGUGUGUCAAUAGCCACCAAAUAUCCAAAGGCAGUUACAAAAGUCUAUGUUCCCCCAUAUUGCUUGUCAAAGGAGAUGAAGACACUGAAGAAAAAACAUCGAUCUCCAGAGAGAAGGAAGUCACUGUUCAUUCAUGAAAAUAGCAGGGAGAAGAAUGAGAGAGAUCGAAACAAGACCAGUGCAGAUUCCAAAAAGCAGGCCACAGUGACAGAAACUGACAUCUUCAAGAACAGCUCUAGAAGUCUUAGCAGCAGGAGCAGCCUAUCCAGGCACCACCCAGGAGAAAGUCCAUUGGGGGCUAAAUUCCAGUUGUCAUUAGCUUCUUACUGCAGAGAAAGAGAACUAAAGAAGUUGAGAAGGGAGCAAAUGGAGCAGAGAAUCAACUCAGAAAAUUCUUUCUCAGAAGCAAGCAAUCUUUCCAUAAAAUCCUCUAGUACAGAAAGAAAAUGUAAACCAAGGCAUGAACAAAGUAAACAGAAUGAUGUCACACCUGGAAAGAGUAAUCUUUCAAACCUGGAAAAUGGACAUUUCUCAAGGAAAAGAUCCUCUUCUGAUUCAUGGGAACCUGCUUCAGCAGGGUCUAAGCAGAAUAAGUUCUCUGACAAAAGAAAAAGGAACUCUGUGGACUCAGAUCUGAAAAGCACAAGAGAAUCUAUAAUGCCAAAAGUAAAAGAGUCCUUCCUUGAGAAGCGUCCUGACGGACCACAUCAGAGAGAGAAAUUUAUAAAACAUAUUGCACUGAAGACACCUGGGGAUGUAUUACGCUUGGAAGAUAUAUCCAAGGAACCCAGUGAAGAAAUUGAUCGCUCCUCUGGAGGCUUGGCACCUUCAAAUUCUGGCCACCAUUCUUCCAGGAAUAGUGACCAAAUCCGUGUGGCAAGUACCAAAGAGACUAAGAUGCAGAAACCCCACUUAUCUUUACCUCAGGAAAAGUCUGCAGUUAAAAAAGCUAGCAACCUUCAGAAAAAUAAAACUGCUAGCUCUGUGGCAUCAAAGGAGACAAAACUUCUACCUUUACUCUCCCAUGUUCCAAGUGCUGGUUCUUCCCGGGUACCAUUAAAUGCUAAAAAUUGCACUCUUCCAGUUCCUAAAAAAGAAAAAGAGCGUUCCUCAUCUAAAGAAUGUUCUGGGCAUUCUACAGAGUCCUCCAAACACAAGGAACACAAAGCAAAGACUGAUAAAGCUGAUUCUAAUGUAUCUUCAGGGAAAAAUUCUGGGGGAUCUUUGCGUUCAGAAUAUGGCACUCCUACAAAGUCUCCCCCAGCUGCUUUGGAAGUUGUGCCAUGUAUCCCAAGCCCUACAGCACCUUCAGAUAAAGCCCCUUCAGAUAAAGAGAGUUCAGGAAAUUCCAAUGCAGGUAGCAGUGCACUGAAAAGAAAACUAAGGGGUGAUUUUGAUAGUGAUGAAGAAAGUUUAGGUUACAACCUAGACAGUGAUGAGGAAGAGGAAACAUUAAAAUCACUGGAAGAAAUAAUGGCUUUGAACUUCAAUCAGACUUCUGCAACUACAGGAAAGCCUCCUGCUCUUUCCAAGGGGCUUAGAUCUCAGUCAUCAGACUAUACAGAACAUGUUCAUAGUGGAACGUAUACAAAUACUUUGGAACGUCUAGUGAAGGAGAUGGAAGACACUCAAAGACUAGAUGAAUUGCAGAAGCAACUGCAGGAAGACAUAAGGCAGGGCCGAGGUAUUAAAUCCCCCAUCAGAAUUGGAGAUCAAGACAGUACAGAUGAUGAGGAUGGCCUCUUAGAAGAGCACAGGGAAUUUCUAAAGAAAUUUUCAGUUACAAUUGAUGCUAUUCCUGAUCAUCACCCAGGUGAAGAAAUAUUCAAUUUCCUCAAUUCCGGAAAAAUUUUCAAUCAGUAUACCUUGGAUUUAAGAGACUCUGGUUUUAUAGGACAGAGUGCUGUAGAAAAGCUUAUUCUUAAAUCAGGAAAAACAGAUCAGAUUUUUUUGACAACACAAGGCUUUCUUACCUCUGCUUAUCACUAUGUCCAGUGUCCUGUACCUGUGUUAAAGUGGCUGUUUCGGAUGAUGUCGGUUCAUACAGACUGUAUUGUGUCCGUGCAGAUUUUAAGUACAUUGAUGGAAAUAACGAUUAGAAAUGAUACCUUCAGUGAUUCACCAGUUUGGCCCUGGAUCCCAUCGUUAUCUGAUAUAGCAGCCGUGUUUUUCAAUAUGGGAAUUGAUUUCAGAUUUUUGUUUCCUCUGGAGAAUCUUCAGCCAGACUUUAAUGAAGACAAUCUAGUUUCUGAAACACAGAUGACAUUGGGGGGGGAAGGAAGUGAAGAUUCAUCUUGUAAGCCAAUUUUUUCAACUCUUCCUGAAACCAACAUUUUAAAUGUGGUUAAGUUUCUAGGCUUGUGUACAUCUAUACAUCCAGAAGGUUACCAGGAUCGUGAAAUAAUGUUGCUGAUUUUAAUGUUGUUUAAAAUGAGUUUGGAGAAACAGCUGAAACAAAUUCCUCUAGUGGACUUUCAAAGCCUCCUGAUAAAUCUGAUGAAAAACAUUAGAGAUUGGAACACAAAGGUGCCUGAACUCUGUCUGGCCAUAAAUGAACUGUCUAAUCAUCCACACAACCUUCUGUGGUUGGUACAGCUGGUCCCUAACUGGACAUCACGUGGACGGCAACUAAGACAGUGCCUCAGCCUAGUGAUUAUUUCAAAGCUUUUGGAUGAGAAACAUGAAGAUAUCCCUAAUGCCAAUAAUCUGCAGAUAUCAGUCCUACAUCGCUAUCUUGUGCAAAUGAAGCCUUCAGAUUUGUUGAAGAAAAUGGUCUUGAAGAAAAGGGCUGAACAGCCAAAUGGCACUAUUGAUGACAGUCUUCAUUUGGAACUCGAAAAGCAGGCAUAUUACCUGACCUACAUUCUUCUUCAUUUAGUUGGUGAAGUUAGUUGUUCUCAUUCUUUCUCUUCUGGACAACGGAAACACUUUGUGCACCUCUGUGGGGCUUUGGAAAAGCAUGUUAAGUGUGAUAUUAGGGAAGAUGCAAGACUGUUUUAUAGAACUAAGGUGAAAGACCUGGUUGCCAGGAUACAUGGAAAAUGGCAGGAAAUAAUCCAGAACUGUCGGCCUACUCAGGGGCAGCUUCAUGACUUCUGGGUACCAGAUUCUUAACAGGAGUUGAAGCAGCAAAAAUAUGAACUAAGAGAAAUUCAAUAAGAUCUUUUCCUAGAGGAGUAGAAUGCUACAAACUCCAGUGGAAUAAGAAAAUGUGCUGCAAAUGUGCCACUUGAAAUAUCUAAUAUGAAGCUGGUAAUGAAGAAAUUGCCAUUUCUGAAGCAGAUAUGAAACAUGAUCUGCUUAAUUUUAAGGCAACUGACAUUUUAAAAAGAGCAGAAUCCUGUAACGAGAGGGGAGGGGUAGAAGCAGCAAAUAGUUGCAUGUCUAACCUGCCCCUAUUAAUUCUUGUUAAAUUGUAAGCUAGUUUUUUGUUUUGUUUUUGUUUUGUUUUGUUUUGUUUGUAUUUAUGGCACUUGGAUAAUCACAGAAAAUAUGUAGGGAAGGGUUUGGACCAACUUGACUAGUUGGACAUGGAAAUCAAAACCAAGUUCCAGUUGGGUUUAAUUUUCCCCUUGUUUAUUUUAGGACUCAAAAAGAAAACUUAGAAGUGAGAUUAAUAACAAAAAUAAAUCUCUUCUGUAAUUCCUAUAAACCACAGGGAGGUUUCAAUCCAUACAUUUUCCUUCACUCUUCAGGAUUAUAAAUCUGUUAGGUUUUUAAAAUACAUUUAAACAGUUAAGAAACAAAUUUGGUAUAUUGUCAGAUCCCCCUUAAGGGGCAGAGGUUAAGCUAUACAAUAGCAUCUCUUUUUAUGCCAAAACAUUCAUAUGCAGUUUGUUUUGGGUUCCUUUUAAGUGUAUAUAUAUUUUUUAAAUACUGGUUAAGUCUUAGAAUCCUGGCCCUUGGUUAGCCAUAUUACAGAAGUCUAUAGUAUAGAAGCUUAAAGAUCUGGACAAGUUUCCAAAACCCUUACUUUCAUGAGUCUAUAAGCUUGGCAGAGACCUGGAUGGUGUUUAUUCUUUGGGACAUUGCACACGCCUGUGUGUGUGUGGGUGUGUGUGGGUGUGGGUGUGUGUGUAUGUCUUAUGUGUAUGUGUGUGUGCGUGCACGUGUGUGUGCUUGUAUUUUAAAUUUGUUGCACUUGAAAACCACAGCUGCUCAAAAUAUUCUUAAACACUGGAAAGCCAUCCUUGGGUUUAAAUGGUGAAGGGUUAGUAGAAGUGCACAUGCUGAUCUUAGCCCAAGGGCCCUUUGAAGCCUUUGGUAGUAAUAGACUCUUACUAGCUAACUGAAAAAUUCUUUCGUUGACUGGGUGUCCCUUUUUGGAGGGCUUUGUUUCUUGAAUGAGAAUGUCAACUUUUUUUCUUUCCAUAUUGACUUGGAUGACCCUGCUUUCCUGAGCAUUCUGAUGUCUCCAAUUGUGGAGGGAAAGAUGAUGGAGAAGAAGGGAAUUGGAAUUGGGGUUUAUGGUUUGAGAGGGGAGGAAAUAAUUUUUGAAAAAUAGCUUUCUACUUCUAAAUUGAGGCUUAGGAGUAAAAAGCAUUUUAUCUUAAAUUUAUCAUUUACAAUAGUAUAAGUAAUGUUUGAGCCCAUGUCAAGCAUUGAGCAGUUAGAGAUUUUAUAGGGAAGACUAAGUAAAUCCAAUCCCAAGAACCCUGACUGAAUGAGGCUCCAGGAGUCAGACCAACAAAAGUUUUAUUCUGUGUUGAGUUUACUGGUAAGAAUAUUAUUAUCUUGAUACUACCUCUCAAGGGUAUUAUUAGAAAAUGCCACUUAUGGUUAAUGAGAUAGAUACAAAGAGUUCUAUUUGACAGAAGCUUGAAACUCUGGCAUCUAUCUGCCCAACAAUGGGGGCUUUCACUCUUUGUAAUUUAAUACUUUGUAGAUACAUUAUUUGUGUGUAAUUUUAUAAGUGUUCAUAUUUUUCUCAUUUUGCAUUGUGUAAAGUGUACAAAAUCUCAAAGUAUAAAAUACUGCUUAUAUUGCUUGUAA